AUGAGUGUUCAAGGGUUUGAGGAUCUAAUGAAUGGUCCUUUGACCACUUUUGUCCAAUUAUCCAAUCAAAUUGGUGGUGAUGUAGCCACUCAGGCUGCACUUGUCCUUAGCGCUUUUCAGGCUGAGUUUCAAUUCAUCAAAUAUGCCAGUGAACAUAGUGCACCAAGUGACAGUGAAAAGCAAAAGCUAUUACUUCCUACAAGUACUAAAAUCCAAGAGAUCCAAACACUAAGAGAGAAAAAUCGUGGGUCUCCAUUUUUCAAUCAUCUCAGUGCCAUCAGUGAAAGUAUACCUGCAUUAGGUUGGGUUGCUGUGUCUCCUACCCCGGCUCCUUACGUUAAAGAAAGCAAUGAUACUGGUCAAUUUUACACAAACCGUGUGCUUAAAGAAUGGAAAGAAAAGAACAAAACUCAUGUUGAGUGGGCAAGAACUUGGGUCCAACUUUUAGUUGAUCUUCAAGCAUAUGUCAAACAACACCAUACAACUGGAUUGGUUUGGGCAAAAGCCGGAACAAAACCAUCUGGAGGUCCACCACCCCCACCACCACCAUGUGGAUUGCCACCAAUGGAUGAUUUAUGUUUAGCCCCUGCUGAUCCAGAUGCAACUAACCGUUCAGCCUUAUUUGCAGAAAUCAAUCGUGGUGCUGAUGUCACUAAAAGCUUGAAAAAAGUAUCUUCUGAUAUGCAAACCCACAAAAAUCCCAGUAUCAGAUCGAGUGGACCAGCUCCUGCUGUAAUUGGUAAUUCAUCGGGUGUGUCAGCACCUAAACCAGCCGUUGAAAAACCUCCAGUGUUUGCUCGUGAUGGUAAAAAGUGGCUUGUUGAAAACCAAAAGAACAAUACUAAUCUUGUGGUUGAUGGUGCUGAAAUGAAUAAUGUAGUGUACAUAUUUAAGUGUGUGAAUUCAACGAUCACAGUGAAAAACAAAAUCAAUUCAAUCGUUAUGGAUUCUUGUAAAAAAUCAUCUGUGGUAUUUGAAUCAUUAGUCUCAUCUGCUGAGUUUAUUAAUUGUCAGUCAGUGCAAAUGCAAGUAUUGGGUAAAGUGCCAACAAUUACUAUCGACAAAACAGAUGGCUGCCAAAUGUAUUUAAGCAAGGAUUCUUUGACUACUGAAAUUGUUACAUCCAAAUCAUCUGAAUUGAACGUAAUGGUUCCUAAGGCAGAUGGAGAUUAUUCUGAAUAUCCAAUACCUGAACAAUUUAAGACAAAAAUUGGACCAAAAGGUCUUAAUACUGUUGUUAUUGAAGCUUCUGGAUAA